AUGGCCCUGAGUCUCCUGUGUCUUGGUCUCACCCUGCUGGGAUCGCUGCAGACUCAAGCCCAGGACACCUCGGCAAACCUGAAACUACGCCCAGAUCUGAUCAAGGUGCCCCUGCAGCAAGACUUUCAGGAUGACCAGUUCCAGGGGAAGUGGUACAUCAUAGCUGAGGCAGAGGACCCCAUUCAGGAAGUGAACCAGCUUAAAAUGCACAGCGUCACCUAUGAGCUGCAAGAUGACCACAGCUACAACCUCACCGCCACCAUGCUCAGGGCAGGGAUGACCCUCACUGUCCACAUUUCAGUUUAUGAUACAACGGGGAGCUACACCGUGAGAGUAGUGAUCACAGACUACAAUCAGUAUGCCAUUGUGUUCUUCAAGGAGACUGUUGGAGGCGCAGUGUACUUCAAAGCCAUCCUUUAUGGUGAGUCCUCUUUCCCUACCCUCAGGGGCCUGGCUCUCAGUCAUCCUAUCAGGAGGGAACCCUUUCUCUGA